AUGAAUGAUCUUGACAAACUAAGUGACUUGUCUGAUUCAAUUCUCAUUCACAUUUUAUCAUUUUUGAACACCAAAGAUUCUGUUCAAACUUCCAUUUUGUCCAAAAGAUGGAACCAUGUUUGGAAAUAUAUUCCCAUUCUUACAUUGCAUUCCUCAGAUUUCUCUACUUUGAAGAGUUUCGAUAAAUUCGUGUCAAGAAUUUUGUCUCUUCGCGAUAACUCUAUUGUACUGCAUGCUGUUGAUUUUGUUCAUAAUUGUAGCAUCGAGUCUCGCCUACUUGGAAGGUUUGCACGCUAUGUUUUAUCCCAUAAUGUCAACCUAUUUAGAUUACGAAUCAAUGUCAAAUGUGAUAUUGCUCACGUUCUGCCUUGCAUUUCUUCAUGUCAUACUUUAACAUCUCUUAAUCUCUCUGUUUCACCUAAAGGUUGUCAUAAUUACGGGAGAACGAUCUUUCCUAAAUCUUUGAAUUUACCUGCGUUAACCAGUUUGCAUCUAGGAAAUUUUUCCUUUAGUGCUAAUGACGAUGGCCGAAUUGAUCCUUUUUCACCUUUUAACCGGUUGAAUGAUUUGAUUAUUGAUAAUUGUACGGUGAAGGAUUUCGAAAUCUUGUGCAUAUCAAGUGAGACGCUAGUCAGUUUAACUGUGUGUAGUCAUUCUUUCAACAAUUACGGAAUCAAGCUAUCUGCUCCAAGUCUUUGUUCAUUCACUUUUACGGGUACUCCUUAUCAGAUGUUUUGUGGAAGCAGUCUUUCUUCUAUUAAACAAGUAAACAUUGAUGCGGAAAUGUUGGCAAAUUACUCGGAGCCUCCUGCUGUUUUACUUAGCUGGCUGCAAGAACUCGCUAAUGUCAAAUCAUUGACAGUCUCUGCAAGUACUCUUCAGGUUCUCUCCUUUAUUCCUAAUCUUUUGAAGCUUAAGAUAUCUUCCCUGCAUAGCUUGAAGUCGUUGAAAGUAAAGCUGAAACCACUUUCAUAUGGAUUAUCCAUGGCAUUGAAAAUUGUUAAUUUAGAAAAAACAUUAAAAGCGGGAUUUGAACCAUCUUCACCCAUUCCCGAUGGAAUGCUGAACUUUUUGCUCCAGAACUCGCCGUCGGCAGAUGUUGACAUCAUAGACUGCUUAAGGUCUGACGACUCCUUCGACCAUCUACCUCCGUCCUCAUCUUCGCUUUUUGCUCAAUUCCUUCAGCCUUCUUCACAGGAGAAUGCUAUGGAGGAUCUGCACCAGAGGAUAGAAUAUCUAAAGCAAGUGGCACAGCAGACAAAAAGGUAUCUUGAUCUAGCAGAGAUUAAUGACAAGGAGGAGAUAUUGGCCGUCAAAGAGCACGUGAUGAUGUUGUCAAAGACCUUGGGUGCCAUAGAACGGCAGAGGGUUGAGGCCAUGAGGCAACUAUAG